AUGGAUCGAGAUUGUCUGAUAGGGUUUCGUUUUAGGCCAACAGAGGAAGAAAUAAUCACCCUCCUCUGGUUAAAGGCUUCAAACCAGCAAAAACAUACAACGGAUGUUGUCCCGGAGAAGAUACUUGACGGUGCUGAUGCUUCUCCCUGGAAGCUUUUUGGAGCUGAUGAUCUUCGUUGGCAAUUAUGUGAUGACAGUGGAAAGAAGCGUACGAAAAGAAUGGCAUAUGUGUUUACUAAGCUGUCCAAGAUGAGUGCCAAUAGGACUGCAAAAACCGCUGGUUGCAGGACAUGGGAGGGACAAGCUAAGGCACAAGACAUUCCCAACUCUAGAGGAGAGAUAAUUGGUUUGAGGAAAAUGUUGAGCUAUGUAUUGAAUUCUGGUUCGCCUCAAGGUGGUGGAUAG